AUGUCUAAAGGCGAUUCAUCCGACUCCGGCGCUUCGGCCGACCUCGACAUCGCCGCCGUCAAACAGGCCCUUGCCUCCUCCUCGACCGCUACCCGAAUAACCCAGUUGCGCUCAAUUGAAGAGAGACUCACCCAGAAAUCUCUCGAUGGCACUUCAAUCACACGUCUCCUGCCGCUCCUCUUUGGUACACAUGCCUUCUAUACUGAUAGGCAGUCCCGCUUGUCUGUUCAGAAGUGUUUGAUAGCCCUGAUAACUGCUGGUGUCGAUUCCAAAACCAUCGCCCCGCUCAUUGCCGCCUUGCGCAAAGAGAGCCAGAAGCAUGGCAUUGCUCCUACUAACGCAUUUGUUCUUGUGGAAUGGUGCAGUUUGUUUAUGCAGCAUCUUGAUGCUUCAUUAUGGGACCAAUUUGCUUCUGACAUCAUCCUAACUGAAGCUGAUGCUCUGGAGAAGUGUCACCAGUCAGUCUCAAGGAAAUCGGUUGCCCACUCCGCCAUUGUUGUUACAAGGAGAGGUUUACGAAAACUUUUCUCAUCCCUCGAGUUGAGUGAAAAGAGACUUUCUGCUUCUGUUGAUGUACUGGCUACGAAGGGUGCGCAGUCCACCCCCAGAAAUGCUGUCUUGCUCGGUGUUAUUGCUGGUGUAUCUGCUAGGAAGGAUCACUUGCGACCAGUUCUCGAAUCCCUCAAGCCCAAGUACUACGAGUUUUUCACCAGAGAAAUUACUGGUUCUCGCACUGCUGUCCCAGAGCACCUGGUACUGGGUCUCGGUGACUUUUUUACCUCGUUUGCAACUCUUGAAGAAAUAUCUAAAGAAUUAGUUCCCGCCCUUGAGAAAGGCCUUCUACGUGCCCCUGAGGUCAUUCUCGGUGGUGUCGUAACACCUCUUGUCCGCUCUCUUCCUGACAGCUUCGAUCUUUCCAACAUCCUCGAAAAGAAUUUGCUUAAACCGCUCUUGUCGAAUGCAAAGUCCACCAACCCAGCUAUUCGUACUUGUGCCCUGGAUGCUUUCCGCGUCCUAGUCAACAAGUCUAGCAGCACUGCAUCUUUAGAGAAGGUCAUCAACGAAAUCGCAACACCCCUGAAAUCUGGCAAGCUUGCUUCUCCUGAUCACCGUAUAUUGCAUGCGCAGAUGCUCGAAGCUGCGCCUCUCUCGAUGUCAAGUGCUGAGCAGGUCGCAAGCGCGAUAUCCCUCAUUGCUGCCAAGGAGGGGAACGAGAGCGCUCUGGCUGCGGAAACCUCGGCAUUGGCGAAGGCUGUGACUUUCCUUCUGGCCAACGACGGUGAAGUCCCGAAGGCUGUAUUGGAUUCGGUCACUAAGGGGCUUGCCGAGAAGAAGAUCCCGUCUCGAAAAUACUGGUUGCUUCGUGUCGGUGUUAUUCUACACUCCCUUGCCGGUGUUGAGUCAGUAUCCCCAGGCAUGGUGGCCUUUGUAGAGGCAGUAGUACCAAAGAUCGCUGCCACCUUCACAGAAGUGACAGCCAAUGCAGCCACCGCUGCUCAGAGUGGCCUCAUUGUUGGCGCAUACAUCUUGACGGCCGUCAGUCCGCACAUCCAGCGACUACUUCCUGGUUCUGCAGCCGAUUCAAGUUUGAAGCAGGCAUCGGUUACCAAGCAAUCGUUAUCCUUGGAUCCCAAGUCAUCCUUCCUCCUUAGCCAUCGAAUCUACUCCAAGAUCACAAUCGAAGAGGAUCUUGUGUGGUUUUCACGUGCUCUGAGUUCCGUAUUUCAGAGCCUGGAGCAAAAUUCGGACGGUCAGGUGGCUCUUGCUUGGUCUGAAGCAAUUAUCUAUCUGAUUUCCGCGCAAAGUGUUCCCGUAAGUGUACAGCAGGAGACCUCUAAAACCCUUUCUGGCCUGUACGUCCAUGAACCAAAGUUGGUAUCUGGUUUCAUUAUCGAUGGGCUUUGGGAUCAUGUUAAGCUGUCUGGAUCUCACAAUAGGGGGCAUUCAUCGGAUUCUCACAACCUCAUUCAAGUGGUGAAAUCGAUCUGCUUGACACCCAAUGAUGUAGAAAAGUAUGAGAAAACCAUUGCCAAAGAAGACCUUGAAUCCCAAGCCAAUAGCCUGCUUGUUCUAGCACGCCAGGAGCUGAUUCCUCGGGCGAACUGGAUCGAAUUGUGCCUGAGAAUGGAACUGGAUCCUGGCGAACUGGUCACAAAGUACCAAGAUGAACUUGUAGCAGAAAUAGAAAACAAGACAUCAUUUGAUCAAAAGACUGACGCCAUCAAGAAGGCCGCGUAUAAUGCAGCUGCUGAUUUAGCUUUCGUCGCUCCCGAAACCAUCAUUUCGCGCCUUCUGGAAACCCUUCGCCGGGAUCUCAACGUCUCACAACUACAAGACAUCGGCCCAGUUGAAGCUGCUAUCUUUAGAACACCCGAGGGUACUGCGUUUGUCGAUGUGCUUGCAAAGAAGUCUCAGCAGGGUCUGGAUAAAAACAAAAAAGACUAUGAUAUCCUCAAAUGGGAGGAAGAACUGAAGAGUCAGCUCGAGAAGAAGAAGGGCCAGCAGAAGAAAAUUACGCCCGAAGAGAACGCAAAGGUCAACGCCCAGCUCAAGAAAGAGAGCCAGAUCAGACAAUCGAUAACCGAGAUCGAGGCAAGACUUUUGCGGGGAAUUGGCAUCAUCCAGAGUCUUGCCACUGGUCCGCCAACAGAUGCUACCCAGUGGCUCGGCACUGCAGUAUCUCUUCUGAUUGGUAUUAUGGACGCCGGUGCCACGUUAAUUACUGGCGAUGCGGCCCCACUCACGUAUAUCACUUGCGCUGAAAAGGUUACCGAGCGCCUGGGUUCGAUGAGACCUUUCGUCGGAGUUGCAGCCCUUAGACUGCGUGGUGUUUCACUAGCGGAAAACUACCAGGAAGAAGCUGUUGAGGAUCUCAUCACAAGAGUACUGUAUCGUUUGCGAUUUGCGGGCGAGCAGCGACCUUUCGACUCCGUAUCACUUAUCUACGCACUCCCACUUGUGUUGGACCUCCUUCGUAAGGGGGGAGUUGGUGAUUCACCGGAUGAUGCAGAUGCUCAGCUAGUACUGGCAAUCGAGUUUCUUUCGUACCACACAGAUGUUUGCAGCGAUGAGGCCGUUCCCCGAGCCGAACUUCUUUCGGUUCUUAUCAGUUCCAUGCAGGCUUAUGCCCAGCAUUACAAACUUCUCAAGGAUUGUUUUGCUGAUAUGUGCCGCUGCAUCGCCCCUAACAUGAACCGCGAGGAGAUGAUGGUUCUUGCGAAGGGUGCUUUGGUACCUGAAACUCGAGUUAGAUCCACAGUAUUGCAAUCGAUCAGUGCCGAUGUCGAUAUGAGCGAGCUCGGCUAUUCUGAUGAGAUUUGGAUUGCCACUCAUGAUGACGAGGAAGAGAAUCAGGACCUUGGUCAUGAGAUCUGGGAGGAGAGCGGCUUUGAAGUGACAGCCGAGGUGCCACUCAGGAUGCUGCCCUUCCUUGAGAGCAAAGACGGGCAAUUGCGUCGUAGCGCUGCUCGUUCCCUUGCCGAAGCUUCCAGCUUGCACAAUGACUCUCUAGAUGCUGUGCUCGAUCAGCUCAAAUCCACCUAUGCAGAGCUUGCCAAGCCACGAGUUCAACUCCUAGAUGAAUUUGGAAUGCCCAAGAAGAUGGACCUCUCUGAUCCUUGGGAGGGUAGGCAAGGUAUCGCAACUGCCUUCAAAGAACUCUCUCCAGUCCUCAAGAUCGAGCAUCUGGACCCUUUAUUCGACUUUCUCAUUGGCGCCGGUCCUCUUGGGGACAAGAAUGGCGCAGUGAGAAGCGAGAUGCUAGAUGCCUCGAUCAAGGCUAUCGAUGUCCAUGGCAAGAGCAUUCUUGACCAACUAAUGACAAAAUUUGAGAAGACCUUGGAACAGCCAGACAAGAACAGCGAUGCGUCUGAUCGUGUCAACGAAGCAGUAAUCAUCAUGUAUGGUGCUUUGGCUCGCCAUCUAAGCCCUGGGGACCCCAAAAUCCCUAUUGUUAUUGACCGCCUUGUGGCAACCUUGAGCACACCCUCUGAGACGGUCCAAUAUGCUAUCGCCGAAUGUUUACCUCCACUUAUUCGGGCCUGCCCAGACCAAUCCUCCAAGUAUUUCAGUCAAGUCACGGAGCAGCUACUAAGUUCCAAGAAGUAUGCCGUCCAGCGAGGCUCUGCCUACGGUCUGGCUGGUCUCGUGAUGGGCCGAGGUAUCGCAGCUCUAAGGGAGUAUCGGAUACUCUCAACUCUGACUGAUGCAAUGGAGAACAAAAAGGAGGCAAACCAGCGUGAGGCCGCUUUGUUAGCUUACGAGCUUCUAGCUACCAUGCUUGGACGCGUUUUCGAACCGUACGUGAUUCAGGUUGUGCCUCAGUUGCUAACAGGUUUUGGCGAUGCCAACGCGAACGUUCGAGACGCUUGUCUGGCGGCAGCCAAAGCAUGUUUUGCAAGGCUGAGCUCCUAUGGUGUGAAGCAGAUCAUGCCUACUCUACUCUACGGGCUCGAUGAGCAGCAGUGGAGGAGCAAGAAGGGUGCUUGCGACCUUCUUGGUGCGAUGGCAUACCUCGAUCCUCAACAGCUUGCUAACAGCCUGCCUGACAUUAUCCCUCCUCUCACUGGUGUGUUGAACGACAGCCACAAGGAGGUGAGAUCUGCCGCCAACCGAAGCUUGAAGCGGUUCGGUGAAGUCAUCACAAACCCAGAAAUUAAAUCCCUGGUCGACAUUAUUCUCAAGGCCCUCAGCGACCCUACCAAAUAUACUGACGAGGCUCUGGACUCACUCAUCAAGGUUCAGUUCGUUCAUUACCUUGAUGCUCCAUCUCUGGCGCUGGUCACUCGCAUUUUACAACGUGGUUUGGGUGACCGCUCCAACACCAAACGCAAGGCAGCUCAAGUCAUUGGAAGCUUGGCUCACCUCACUGAAAAGAAGGAUAUUAUCAUGCAUUUACCUGUGCUCGUGGCUGGCCUCAAGAUCGCUGUCGUCGACCCUGUACCCACCACGCGAGCUACGGCAUCCAGGGCUCUGGGUUCGUUGGUCGAGAAGCUCGGAGAAGACACUCUUCCAGAUCUUAUCCCUGGUUUGAUGCAAACCCUCAAGUCGGAUACUGGCGCUGGCGACCGGCUGGGAUCCGCCCAGGCUCUCAGCGAGGUCCUUGCAGGCUUGGGAACAACAAGAUUGGAGGAAACCCUUCCCACCAUUCUUCAAAACGUCGAGUCUUCGAAACCUGCUGUUCGCGAGGGCUUUAUGUCACUUUUUAUUUUCCUUCCCGUUUGUUUCGGCAACAGUUUCUCAAACUAUUUGGGUCGUAUCAUUCCGCCGAUCCUUGCUGGUCUUGCCGACGAUAUUGAGUCGAUUCGUGAAACGGCACUUCGUGCAGGUCGCUUGUUAGUCAAGAACUUCGCUGCUCGUGCCGUGGACCUUCUCCUCCCAGAGCUCGAGCGCGGUCUUGCAGACGACAGCUACAGAAUCCGACUUAGCUCCGUCGAGCUUGUGGGUGACCUUCUUUUCAAUCUUACAGGUAUCAAGGCUGGUACCGAGGCUGAGGACAUUGAAGACGAUGAGAAUAUCAAGGAAGCGGGUGCAUCACUCAAAGAAACACUCGGCGAAGAGAAGCGCAACAAGAUUCUUUCAGCUCUCUACGUGUGCCGAUGCGACACAGCUGGUGCUGUUCGCUCGGCCGCUAUUGCUGUCUGGAAGGUCCUUGUCCAUAGCCCGAGAACCCUCAAGGAACUUGUACCAACUCUUACGCAACUUCUUAUCCGACGCUUGGGAAGCUCCAACAUGGAGCACAAGGUCAUUGCCAGUAACGCCCUCGGAGAACUCAUCCGCAAGGCUGGAGAUGGCGUCCUGUCAAGCCUUCUUCCUACUUUGGAAGAAGGCCUUCAGACAUCUACCGAUGUUGAUGCCAAGCAGGGUAUUUGUCUUGCACUGAGAGAACUUAUUUCAUCUGCCUCGCCCGAAGCGCUUGAAGACCACGAAAAGACCCUUAUUUCUGUUGUUCGUACUGCCCUUACCGACUCCGAUGAUGAGGUACGUGAGGCCGCUGCAGAAGCAUUCGAUUCGCUCCAGCAGAUGUUUGGUAAGCGAGCAGUUGACCAAGUUCUUCCCUUCCUCCUCAACCUCUUGCGCUCUGAGGGAGAAGCGGACAACGCUUUGCAGGCUCUUCUUACGUUACUUACCGAGACAACUCGAUCAAACAUCAUCCUACCAAACCUCAUUCCAACACUCACAACGCCUCCUAUUUCGUCAUUCGACGCCAAGGCCCUUGCCUCUCUGUCCAAGGUUGCUGGCCCUGCGAUGAAUCGCCGCCUGCCCAACAUUAUCAACUCGCUUAUGGAUAACGAGAUCAACUGCAAGGAGGAUGGCCUUCGUGAUGAACUGGCAACGUCUUUUGACACUGUCAUCCAGUCCAUCGAUGAAUACGAUGGUCUCAAUACAGUCAUGAAUGUCCUCCUGCAGCUUCUGAAGCACGAGGACCACCGUCGCCGGUCAGCUACUGCGCGUCAUUUGGGCAACUUCUUUACGGCUGCGAGUGUGGACUAUUCAAGAUACAACCAGGACAUUAUCCGUUCGCUGCUCAACUCGUUUGAUGACAGAGAUGAGGAUGUCGUUAAGGCCGCCUGGGCAGCUCUCAGCGCGUUCACCAAGAAGCUGCGAAAGGAGGAGAUGGAGUCACUUGUCAUUUCAACCCGACAAACUCUUCAACGUGUUGGUGUGGCCGGGGCAAACCUACGCGGCUUCGAGUUGCCCAAGGGCAUCAAUGCCGUUCUACCAAUCUUCUUGCAAGGUCUUAUGAACGGUACUGCUGACCAGCGAGUUCAGGCUGCUCUAGGUAUUUCCGACAUUGUUGACAGAACAAGCGAGGCCUCUCUGAAGCCAUUCGUGACCCAGAUUACUGGUCCGCUGAUCAGAGUUGUUUCAGAACGUGCCACAGAAGUCAAGUCGGCUAUUCUGCUUACUCUCAACAACCUUCUGGAUAAGAUGCCUGCGGCGCUUAAACCUUUCCUGCCUCAGCUUCAGCGUACAUUCGCCAAAUCUCUGGCGGAUUCAUCCAGUGAGACACUAAGAACAAGGGCUGCCAAGGCACUUGGUACUUUGAUCAAGUAUACGCCACGUAUCGACCCUUUGAUCGCCGAACUUGUCACGGGAUCGAAGACCGCGGACCCCGGUGUCAAGACCGCCAUGCUCAAGGCGUUGUACGAGGUUAUUAGCAAAGCGGGUGCUAAUAUGGGUGAGGCUUCAAGAGCUUCUGUCUUGUCACUUAUCGACAUGGACACAGACGAGAGAGAUGACACCAUGACCAUCACCAAUGCCAAGCUACUAGGUGCUCUGAUCAAGAAUGUCUCUGAAGAAGCUGCCCAGGGCUUGCUAAAGAACCGCGUAGCUACAACGCACUUCACUCACUCCUCUGUGCUUGCUCUAAACUCUGUUCUGGUCGAAUCACCAGACGCUCUGCUUCAAAGCUCCUUGGCAGAUGACCUGCCCGACUUGCUAUGUCAGGGCGUCGCCAACAAGAACGUCUUUGUGGCAGAUAACUGCAUCCUCGCUACUGGAAAAUACUUGCUCUCGGAUUCUCCCAAGACUUUCGAGACGACAAAGGGGGUUUUCGAGGCCCUCGCAACCGCUAUUCAGCCUGGCAAUGCAACCGACUCGCGUCGGCUCGCAUUGGUCGUCGUUCGUACCGUCUGCCGCAAAGAUAUGGAGAUGGUCCGACCCCACGUUGCUCUACUAGCCCAACCCAUUUUUGCCAGUGUUCGGGACCCUGUUAUUCCCGUCAAGCUUGCUGCAGAAGCGGCAUUCGUGGAGCUUUUCAAUGUGGCUGAUGAGGACAGUCGUAUCUUUGACAAGUUUAUGGCGGGUCCUGGCAUGGAUCUUCCUGCCAACACAAAGAGGAGCAUGGGUGACUACUUCAAACGUGUUGCCAUGAGAUUAGGCUCUCAAAUCCGAGAGAGGCGUGAGGCCGAGGGUGGACAAGGAGGACUUGGCUUGUCAAACGAUGAAGCUGAGGAUGAGAAGGAAAUUUGGAGCGUGGGUAAAGUUGAUGUGGGUAGCGAUGCAUUCUCAUGA